CACUACUUCAGCUGCUCUGUGAACCUGUUUCUCUAGAUGUCGUACGACUUUUACAUCAUUCUAUAAGAGGUUUGUCACAGUCUGAUGACCCCUUCCAGGGGUGAAGCUGCAGAGCAAUGAAGACAGGCUCUCAAAUCCGCCUGUUACUGUGGAAAAACUGGACCCUCCGCAAGAGGCAGAAGGGCCGCUUCAUAGUUGAGAUCUGCUGGCCUGUGUUGUUAUUUGUUGGUCUGGUGUGGCUGAGGAAGGCCAAUCCACUGUACCAGCAACAUGAAUGUCAUUUCCCAAACAAGGCCAUGCCGUCAGCAGGGAUUCUGCCCUGGAUCCAGGGAAUCUUCUGCAACGUCAACAACCCCUGCUUCAGAUAUCCCACCAGAGGAGAGUCUCCGGGCGUUGUCUCCAACUACAACAACUCAGUAUUGGCACGGUUCUACGUUGAUGCCCAGGAGCUCCUGCUGGAGGAGAGGGAGGUCCAGGGGAUCGGCCGUCUUUGGCAUGAAAUGUCGUCCUUCUCAAACAUCAUGGAAACGUUACGCAACAACCCAUCUGUGGUGUUAGGUCGUGGGCUGAAGCUUGAUGAUAUUCUGAAGGAUGAUGAGAAUUUCACCGCCUUCCUCUUGGAAAACGCCGCCCUCUCAGAGUCUAUUGUCUACCAGUUCGUCAAUGCAGAAAUACGACUGGAACAGUUUGCGUUUGGUAUCCCGGACCUGCAGCUGAAAGACAUCGCCUGCAGCCAGGCUCUGCUCGACCACUUCAUCAUCUUCCCGAGUCGCAUGGGGCUCCACGGGGUCCGCAACGCCAUGUGUGCCCUCAGCCAGACGAGGCUGCAGAGGGUAGAAGACGAACUGUAUGACAAUCUGGACUUCUUCAAAAUCUUCAAACUGAUGCCUAAGAUUGUGGACAGGAGCUCCGAAGGGAUUGACCUAAACAACUGGGGUCGGGUUCUUAAGACGACCUCGGAGAAGAUGCAAGUUCUGAUGAAGCGGGAGAGCUCUCAGGAUCUCCUGAAGGUGGUUUCCGCUCUGUUUCAAGCCGAGGGUUCCCCCACAUUCAGCCAGAUGAUGUCCAGUGUGUCGCAGCUCUUCUGUGGAUACCCAGAGGGAGGGGGCUCUAAGGUCCUGUCCUUCAACUGGUAUGAGGACAACAACUACAAAAUGUUUCUGGGGGUCAAUGCCACCAAGAAGCGCAACUAUGUCUAUGACGACUCUGCCAGUCCCUCCUGCAACGCCCUGAUGGAAACCCUGGAGUCCAACCCUGUCACAAAAAUUGUGUGGAAUUCAGUCAAGCCCCUGCUGAUGGGAAAGAUCCUGUACACCCCCGACUCCCCUGCCGUCCACAAGAUAUUAAAGAGUGCUAACACUACAUUUGAGGAGUUGGAGAGGUUGCAGAACAUGGCCAGGGCCUGGGGGGAGUUGGGACCCCAGCUCUGGGCUUUCUUCAACAACAGCGUACAGAUGAACAUGAUCAGGGACACGCUGGGAAACCCGACAGUGAUGAACUUCGUGGACAGCAGUCUGCAGGACACUGAAUUGACCACCAGACACAUUCUUAACUUCCUGUAUAACGGUCCUGAGGAAAAAAGGGAGGAGGACAUGCCCAGCUUUAACUGGAGUGACAUUUUUAACAUCACCGACCAGAUCAUAGGCAUGUUCAACAAGUAUGGAGAGUGCAUCGAUCUGGAUAAGUUUGUUGCUUACACGGAUGAGUCCCAGAUGACCCAUCAGGCCUUGUACCUGCUGGAGGAGAGCAAGUUCUGGGCCGGUGUGGUCUUCACUGACAUGUUUCCCUGGACCAAUAGUGUACCGCCGCACGUCAAAUACAAGAUCCGCAUGGACAUUGACGCGGUGGAGCGCACCAACAAGAUCAAAGACAGGUACUGGGACCCCGGCCCCAGAGCAGACACCAUGGAGGACCAGAGGUACAUCUGGGGAGGAUUUGCUUACCUGCAGGACAUGAUUGAACAUGGCAUCCUCAAGCUUCACACUGGCAAAAACUGGCCACUCGGGGUGUAUGUCCAGCAGAUGCCAUAUCCCUGCUAUGUAGAUGACCUCUUCAUGAUCACGCUGAACCGCUGCUUCCCCAUGUUCAUGGUGCUGGCCUGGAUCUACUCUGUGUCCAUGACUGUGAAGAGCAUCGUGCUGGAGAAGGAGCUGCGUCUCAAGGAGACUCUCAAAACCAUGGGGGUCAACAACGGAGUCAUUUGGUGCACGUGUUUCAUCGACAGCUUCAUCAUGAUGACUACAAGCACCGCGCUGCUCACCAUCAUUAUCAUGGGUGGAAAGGUGUUGAAUUACAGCAACCCCCUUCUCGUCUUCUUCUUCCUGCUGACUUUCACCGUCACCACCAUCAUGCAGUGCUUCCUGAUGAGUGUGUUUUUCAACAAGGCUAACCUGGCAGCGGCCUGCUGCGGCAUCAUUUACUUCACCCUCUAUCUGCCUCAUGUCCUCUGCUUUGCCUGGCAGAACCGCAUCACCAAGACCAUGAAAAUGGCUGCUAGCUUGCUGUCUCCGGUGGCCUUUGGCUUCGGCACAGAGUACCUGUCGCGGUAUGAGGAGCAGGGUUUGGGUCUUCAGUGGGACAACAUCAUGACCAGUCCUUUAGAGAAAGACAACUACUCCUUCCUCACCUCCAUCCUCAUGAUGGUGUUUGAUGCUGUCCUUUACGGCGUCCUGGCCUGGUAUUUGGAUAAUGUCUUCCCAGGACAGUAUGGCAUUGGUCGACCUUUCUACUUCCCAUUCCAGUCUUCAUACUGGCGACUAUCUGCAACCUCAAACACAGAAAGGGCGUAUCAAGAUGCUGUGAUAAUGGAGCCGGACAUGGUGGUGGAGCAGGACGUCGAGAGCAGGGGCUCACCGGUCACUCACACCUGUAACGGCUCAGCGAGGAGAAAAGGCUGCAAGCACCAAAGUAAGAGGGAACAGCAGGAGAGAAAGAAGGAGCUGCUGAAACAACACGAAGAAACCCAAAACCACGUGGAGGAGGGUCACGACUCAGAAGGUCAGAUGUUCUUUGAGGCCGAUCCAUUGGGCCUGAAGAGAGGAGUUCAGAUCGAGGACCUGGUGAUGCAGUUUUCUGGAAGUUCUCGUCCAGCUGUGAACCAUCUCAGCAUCAAUUUCUACGAAGGCCAGAUCACAUCCUUCUUGGGGCACAACGGGGCUGGGAAAACCACCACGAUGUCCAUCCUGACUGGCCUGUUCCCCCCUACAUCUGGCACAGCCUACGUUAAUGGAAGCGACAUCCGCACUGACAUGGACACCAUCCGCUCCUCCAUGGGGAUGUGCCCUCAAUACAACAUCCUCUUCAAAUAUCUCACGGUGGCAGAGCACAUCCUGUUCUACUCGCUGCUGAAGGGCCGCUCCCAGGAGGAGGCGGAGCAAGAGGUGGAGGAGAUGCUUCUGGACCUCGGGCUGCCGCACAAGAGAGACGACGAGGCUCAGAACCUCUCAGGCGGUAUGCAGAGGAAACUGUCAGUCGCCAUGGCCUUCACUGGAGGAUCCAAAGUGGUGAUCCUGGACGAACCUACCUCGGGAGUGGACCCCUAUUCCAGGAGAUCCAUUUGGGACCUCCUACUGAAAUAUAGAGCUGGCCGGACGGUGAUCCUGUCGACUCAUCACAUGGACGAGGCCGACCUGCUGAGCGACCGCAUCGCCAUCAUCUCCAAUGGACAGCUCCACUGCAGCGGAUCCCCCCUGUUCCUCAAGAACUGCUUUGGAGUUGGUUUCUAUUUGACACUUGUGCGACGCAUGAAGGAUCUCAAGAAGAGGGAGAAUGACUGUGACUGUGCCUCAGACUGCUCCUGCUCCUGCUCCAUCUGUACCAGCUACAAAGAUCUCUCUCAGAACCAUUCCCAUCAUAUAGACAGAGCCCUGGAUGGGGAUAUCAGCAGCAUCACCAGCCUCAUCCACCACCACGUCCCUGAAGCCAAACUCAUCGAGACGAUCGGCCAGGAGCUGACCUACCUGCUCCCCAGUAAAGGCUUCAAACACCGAGCGUACGCCAGUCUGUUCAGAGAGCUGGAGGAGACGCUGGGUGACAUGGGCCUCAGCAGCUUUGGCAUCUCCGACACAUCUCUAGAGGAGAUCUUCAUAAAGGUCACUGCUGAUGGAGAGGCAGCGAAUAAUGGCACCACUCCUGAACAGUGGAUAUUACAGCGGAGAACAAACGAAGUUGGUGUAGAGGGUGAUAAAGAACAAAAUGGUGGGAUGCACAGUAACGGCAUUACCCAUGGUGCAUCAGACAGCAGUGCAGGAAAGGGCUCCAUGCAGGUGAAAGGGUCCUGUCUGGUGUUGAAGCAGUUCCACGCGCUGCUGGUGAAGAGGUUUCAUCACGCCAUCAGAAGCACUAAAGACUUCCUGGCACAGAUCGUCCUUCCUGCCAGUUUUGUCCUGAUCGCUCUGAUCUCCACCAUGGUCGUCCCUCCGUUCGGAGAGUACCCCAGCCUGACUCUGACCCCCUGGAUGUACGGACAGCAGUUCACCUUCUUCAGUAACGAGCAGCCCUUUGACCCCAUAAUGAAGCGCUUCACUGAGCGCUUACUGGACAGACCGGGCCUGGGGACACGCUGCAUGGCAGGAGACCCACUAAAAAUGCCCUGUAUGAACAGCACAUCAGAGUGGCAGUAUCCUGACGCCUCUCCUGCGGUCAGCGACAUCUUAAAGAGUCCAGAGUGGAACCAGAGAGACCCGUCUCCGUCCUGCGAGUGCAGCUCCAGUAAGAAGCUCACCAUGAUGCCCAUCUGCCCCCCAGGAGCCGGAGGUCUGCCCCCCCGGCAGCGCCUCGAGGUCACAGGGGACACCAUGCUGGACAUGACGGACAGGAACAUCUCUGACUACCUAGUCAAAACCUACCCCACUCUCAUCAGGGCCAGUUUAAAGAGCAAAUACUGGGUGAAUGAACAAAGGUAUGGAGGUCUGUCAGUCGGAGGACAGCUUCCCAUCCUCAACGUCAACCCCAAAGACAUCCAGCAUUUCUUCCAUCAACUGGGGCGAAUGCUCAACAUCACAGCGGGACACUAUUCUCGACGUGCACUGAGGGAGAUUGGUCCUUUCUUGCAUUACAUGGAAAGUGAAUUCAAUGUUAAGGUUUGGUAUAAUAACAAAGGCUGGCACGCCAUGGUGGCCUUCAUGAACGUGGCCAAUAACGCCAUCCUGCGGGCUUUCCUGCCUCCAUCCUCCAGACCUGUGGAGUUUGGCAUCACCGCCAUCAACCACCCUCUGAACCUCACCAAGGAGCAGCUGUCCGAAGUCACAGUGUUGAACACUUCAGUAGACGCUGUGGUUGCGAUCUGUGUUAUUUUCGCCAUGUCCUUCAUCCCCGCCAGCUUCGUCCUCUACCUCAUCCAGGAGCGAGUGACCAAGGCCAAACACCUGCAGUUUGUGAGCGGGGUCAGCCCUGUGGUUUACUGGGUGGCCAACUUCUUCUGGGACAUGGUUAACUACUCCCUCAGCACUGCAUUGGUGGUUGGCAUUUUCCUGGCUUUUGAUAAAAAGUGUUACACAUCACCAUCCAACCUGCCAGCACUAAUAACUCUGCUUCUGCUCUAUGGGUGGUCAGUGACGCCCCUGAUGUACCCCAUGUCCUACAUAUUCGACAUCCCCAGUACUGCAUACGUGUCUCUGUCCUGCAUCAACCUGUUCAUAGGCAUCAACAGCAGCGCCAUCACCUUCAUCCUGGAGCUCUUUGAAAACAAUCUGUCUCUGCUGAUGUUCAAUGAGUGGCUGAAGAAAGGCCUGCUGCUGUUCCCUCACUUCUGCCUGGGGAGAGGGCUGAUCGACAUGGCCAUGAACCAGGCUGUGACGGAUGUUUAUGCCAGAUUUGGUGAGGAGUUCACACAGGACCCGUUCCGGUGGGACUUUGUGGGGAAAAAUAUAGCUUUCAUGGCAGUGGAAGGCUUUGUCUUCUUUAUUCUUAAUCUUCUGAUCCAGUACCGCUUCUUCAUGGACAAUUGGUUUACAAAGUGCCCGCAGACUACAGUACGAGACGAGGAUGAAGACGUGGCAGCAGAAAGGCAGAGAGUUUAUGACGGAGCGAGCAAGACAGACAUCCUGCAGAUCAGAGACCUCUCUAAGACGUAUGUGGGCAGCAAGAGGGCAGCUGUGGACCGGAUUUGUGUGGGUGUCCCUGCAGGAGAGUGCUUUGGUCUUUUGGGAGUUAAUGGAGCUGGAAAGACGACGACCUUCAAAAUGCUGACUGGGGACAGUGAUGUCAGCUCGGGGGAGGCCACUGUGGCUGGGUACAGCAUCCUGACAGAGAUUCUGGACGUGCACCAGAACAUGGGCUACUGCCCUCAGUUUGAAGCCAUCGAUGAGCUGCUAACCGGCAGGGAGCAUCUGUACCUGUACGCUCGUCUCAGAGGGGUGCCCGAGUCCGAGAUCCCCAGAGUGGCAGAGUGGGGCAUCCAGAAGCUGGGUCUGACGGAGUACGCGGGCCGCUGCGCCGGGACCUACAGCGGAGGCAACAAGAGGAAACUCUCCACAGCGAUCGCGAUGAUCGGGUGCCCGGCGCUGGUGCUGCUGGAUGAGCCCACGACAGGGAUGGACCCCCACUCUCGACGCUUCCUGUGGAAUGCCAUCAUGAGUGUGAUCCAGGACGGGCGUGCCGUGGUGCUAACAUCACACAGUAUGGAGGAGUGCGAGGCCCUCUGCACUCGACUGGCCAUCAUGGUCAAUGGGACUUUCAAGUGUCUGGGUACCAUCCAGCAUCUCAAAUACAAGUUUGGUGACGGCUACGUAGUGACCAUGAAGAUGAAGGCAGCUCGAGCGGGCGUGUCUCUGGACCUGGAGCCCGUGGAGAGCUUCAUGGAGAGCAGCUUCCCCGGCUGCGUGCAGAGGGAGAAGCACUACAACACGCUGCAGUACGAGAUCGCCUCCUCCUCCCUGGCCAGGAUAUUCCAGCUGGUGGUGGCCAAUAAAGAAAGGCUCAGCAUCGAAGACUACUCCGUUUCCCAGACAACACUGGACCAGGUGUUCGUUAACUUUGCCAAGCAGCAGACAGCAGAGGACGAGGACGCUACGCUAAACAAACGGACAGCAGGUCGAAGAAAAGACGUGAAGAUCUUGCCCGUGCAGAGGAGAACACGUAAAGGUCCUGUGUAAACAAACCUAAACAGGGCAGUGAUAUAACUUUCUACAUUCCACAGUUAAAGCAGCACAAAUAUUUCGCUAGCCAAAUUAUUUUUAGAGUAGAGACUUGCCAGUUAACCUGCCAAAGUAACUGGUAACACUGGCUUUUUUUUCUAGCCACUUAACAAGCAGCAAACCCGAGUUAAUCUUCCAAAAUAUUGUUAAAAAAUACAUUAAUUCGAUUUUAAAUGAUGUAUUUUAACAGCAAAACGGUGGCAAAACAGCUGGGUGUUCGUCUAAGUUCAUCUGGUGUUUAGAUUGACUGGCUUGUAUACAUUUGUACAUACUCUAUGUUAAAAUAUUUAAGCACCUUAGAAGCAGAUUUUUUUAACGUUUACAUUAACGCACACACCUCAAUUUUAUGUCACAAAUGUAAACAAAUGUCAUAUGAUAUUGGUUGCUAAUUCUUUUCCAUAACAUAUUUAUUAUUGCUUCUUUUUUGUUCAGUCAUUCUUUGUUCAGUAUUUCAUACACUGCCAUGUUAUGUUACACCCCUUGAAGGAAAGGGAAAAAAAGAUAUUUAACUAAAUAAAGCUGUGAAUGAAAAGGAUUUAUAUUUUGUAUCUGACCAAAUAAAACUUUAAUAUGCUUUAUAAUGUAUGCUCUUUGCACUCUCCAUUAGUGGAUUGUACUGCAUCAUCAGUCCCAAAU